UAGCUAAUUCAUCAAGAAUACAACAUUUAUAGAUAUGUUUAUGAAUUGAAUAGUUAUGUGUAUAAAUGUAGGAACAAUGUUUAUUUAUGAUGAAUUAAGUGUUUAUUCAUACUUUAAUGCUUCAUAUAGCGUGCAGUUAUUAUAAAGUGUUACCAAUUAUGGAAAAUGCAACAUAAGGUUUUGUAAGAAUCAAAUCAAAAGGCAGCUAGCCUACUUCAUAUUACAGAUUCUACUACAUGUUUGUUUUUUUACAUAAUUUAAGCGUGACGUGAGUCACGUGAGGAUGAUAAUGCCUGAGGGUCAGGUUUCAUAUGAGCUACAUCAUUUCAAUUUUACCCGAAACAUUUAGCCGAAUCAAUAAUUUCCAGUGUUCAAAAUGAUCAUAUUCUGGGUUAUCAAAUAAUGAUUUCACUAUCAGAAUAUCAAUAAAUGCAGACGCAAAUAAUGAAUGAAUACAACAACAUCUGCCAGUAGAAAUAUAUCCGCGCGCCUCUCAUCGGGACACAGAACACAGUAUACUGUAAAUACAGAAUGCUUGCUAAUCAGGUAACACACAGAGAUCACACUGCUGCUCUGCGCAUUAAUGAUAACUGUGUGUCUUAAUAUUAGCACAGUGAUCAUGUGUGCAGACACACUCCAACAAGUCUCUCCAGCUGUUAAAGCCGACUGACAGCUGAUCCAGCUGUGAUCAGAAACAGACGUCGCUUCACGUGACGCUUUAGAGGAAAGGAGGUCUCUUUUCUCUAAAAAAAAAAAAAAAAAAAAAAGAACAGAUUUCCUCGUUUCCUCUCUUCUAGCGUGGUUUCUUGCGUAAAAGAUGCAAAGUGAGGGAAAUGCGGGUGCAACCGAGAGACUUAUGGGACGUACCCGUAGGACACAGCUGCCUGUGAAGUGAUGCUGAACAACAAACUGACAUCAUCAGAAGGCGACUCUCUCACCCCGAAGAGCCCAAAACAUUCUAGAGGACAUAAAAAAACAAGGCGGACAGAGUGAGCGAAACACUCAGCCGUCACAUAUCGGUGCGCGGAUCUGUUCAUGCACGUGCACCGCGGCAGCAGCAGCAGCAUCAGCAGUCGUCUGCCGCGCGCAUCUGUCUGUCCGUGCAGGAGCAGAGACAGACGGGCCUGGCGAUGAUGAUGAUGGCGGACUGCGUUGGCUUCCAAGCGCAAAUCGCCUCGAUUAUCGAGAUACUGGCAAAUUCGGCAGUGGCGGAGAUCUGCAAACUGGUGGACGACGGCUACGCAGCGCUGCGCUCCCAGAUGGACCAGGAGCGGGAGAAGAGCGAGAGGGAGAACGACGCGCUGCGGAGGAAGCUGCGAGAGAUCGACGUGAAGAUGCGGAGCUACGAGAGGAAGAUGAGGAGACGGAGUCAGCGGGAGGAAGCGCACGCCGUUCAUUUUAGGCCAUCCGAAGGAGCUGACAACCAUCAGCCUGUGGUGCCGCCUCUUCCUGCCACUUCUAUAGACAAAACCUUCCAUCACAUUUCAAAGCUACUUUUCACUGUGUCACAGCAGGAGGAGACCACGUUGUUGCCAUUGGUGAAGCAGGAGAAAGUGGAGAGCGACGACUGCAACCUGGACCUCAAGGUGGAGGUCAACAUUAGGGCAGAGUGUGACCUGUCUACUGCCUGUUCCCCAGUGUCUGUCUGUCCAUCUUCAGCCAUGGAGCCCAGCGAGGAACCCAGUGAUAUUGAUCCUGACACCAGUGUCCACCACCACUGCACCACCCAGCCCUCCUCAUCGCCUACUGAUUCCACCAUAGACCUGACCUGCAGGCCUCGAGCGAAAAGUAAAGCCACCACGCCUCUGUGCAACAGUUUGACAGCCAGUAGUGGGGGGGUCACGGCCCACGGGGGCGUGUGCAGUGACCUUGAAGGCGAUCUAACAGAUGUUGCUCUGAAGCCAGAGAUCCAGACAGAUGAUGCUACGCAAGAUGGACUUCAUCCCUCUCAGCUGUCAGACCCUGUAGCCUCGGAUGACCCGAGCCCCGACCGCCUCAACAGUCUGGGCCUGGACCUGGCCUGGAUGCAGGAGAGGGUAAGCCAUCUUGGUGCAGCAUAUGCAGUAGCACAGCUGGGUUUGGGGAACACAGAAAAUGGCCACCCCUCUGCCUCCUUCCCGUCUCAGGGAGGAGACAGUCUGGAUGGCCCUCCAACCAUGCUCUUCACAGGCGGCACCCAUGAAAUGGCUGCUUUCGCCGCGUCCUUCGACAUGGCCGCUGCUGCAUCUGCCACCGCUGCUGCCGCUGUGGUGGCUGCACCGGCCACGCUGCCUCCGCCACCUCUUCCCCCUGCAGCUCCUUCUGCCACUACGACCAGCCAGAGACGGCUCUACAGGAGCGGCCCUGCCGCUGCUGCUGCUGCUGCCAAAGAGCCCGCGGCGUGUGCCGUGUGCGGGUGCAUCUUCCCCAGCGCAGCUGCCCUGGAGCUGCACCAACGAGUGCACACAGGGGAGAGGCCCUACACCUGCCCCCACUGUGGUAAGGGCUUUGCCCAGCCCAACAACCUACGGGUCCACCUCCUCAUCCACACCGGGGAGAGGCGCUAUCGGUGUACGCUGUGCGGGAAGAGCUUCAUCUCGUCCAGCCACCUGAAGAGGCACCGCACAGUCCACACGCAGGAGAAGCCCUACAGCUGCUCCCGAUGCGGACAGUCCUUCAGCCAAAUGUGUAGCGUUCGCAGACACCGGCAGCAGUCCCAGUGUGGCCUCUCCUCCGGCAAGCCUCCUCGCUCCUCGCUCCUCAAGACACAGUUUAGGAAUUGGGAUGUCCUACAAGAUGGAGCGCUGAGAACGACUUCCGGGUCACAAGCCGGAGGAGCGAGGGAUCGAGAGGAGUAUAACGGUAUUUUCAAAACGACGGAGCGGCCAAGCGAGCCACCGAGUGUAGGAAGGAUGUCCAGCCGUCUGGCCUUCCAGACCCAGCUGGCCUCCAUUAUGGAGGUCCUGGCUAACGCAGCAGUGGCGGAGAUAUGCAAGCUUGUGGACGACGACUAUGCGGUGGUGAGUUUACAGAUGUCUCAGUGCCAGAGAGAGAACAAAGGCCUGAAGAGGAAGCUGCAUUUGCUGGAGCUGAAGAUGGCCCGGGGAAACGCCGAGCGGAGGCUUCGGGAGAGUGCCGUGAACGGUACCCGGGCGAGGGUGCAGAUCCACGGCAGCGACAGGCUCCGAGAGUCCUCGCUUUCCUCCGUUGGUGCCUUUGAGCAACGGAUGGCUGUGGCCCUGUGGUCCAGUAGAGCUGCUGCAGCGGUCGCAAGCGGCGAGCCGAUCCAUUCUGACAGCAUGCAAAGUAAGUCUCCAGAUGUGGAGCUGGUGGAGCCAGAGGCAGUGUUGGUGAAGGAGGAGAAGGUGGAGGCUAACAUGUCACGAGUUGAAGAAACGGUGGAAGACGUGGCGAUUAUAGGAGAUGAUGGAAUGGUGGAGUGUGUCUCUCGUGGACCUGCAGGACAGAGACCCAGCCUUGAACUGCAGGACACCCAGUCCACUUCCAGUCAGUCCCAGAUCCAGAGCAACAGGACGAGGCAUACCGGCAGCAGCAGAGGAGUGGAGGUCAGUGACUCCUCUCCUCUCCUUAAAUGUGAACGCAUUGCCUUUGUUGAGGGCAGAGACUCACUGCAGGAAAUAAUAAACCCCCACCAGUAUAUUGAUGGCGGCAGCAAUGAUUCACAGUUUGACGUGUUGUGUGACGACAAUAAAAGCGCUGACGCGUUGGUUGGGGAGUUUUUUGACAAGCACUCUGUGGUUGAAGUGGAAGGAAUGAGGUCAUCUUGUUCAUACUCGAUGGCGGCGACAGAUUUCCCAUCAACCUCUUCCGGUGUUAACGGCCGCUAUCGUUACGGUCCCGCUUUCCCCCCGUCCCAGCCCGUCGCCGACAGCAGCAAAGUGCUCCGUCGACCGGGCUCCAACGAAAGACUGUUUGUUUGCAGCUACUGCGGCAAGGCUUUUAACCGCCCCAAGAAGGUGGAGAUUCACCAACGCGUCCACACGGGGGAGAAGCCUUUCAGCUGCUCCACAUGUGGGAAGAUGUUCUCCGAGGCCGGGAACCUGAGGAAACAUGAGAGAGUUCACACCGGAGAGAAACCAUAUAGCUGUGGUAUUUGUGGCAAGGGAUUCGCCUGGAUAAGAAACCUGAAAACACACCAGCAAAAGAGCCACCCGUAACAUUCUACUGAAGAGGAGACCUGGGACUAGAGCUGAACUGUCCUCUUACUGGAAAUCUGCUGUAGGAUGUAAUAAUCCAGCAAAGACUCUAUGAUGGCAGUAAGAAAAAUACACUCUGCUCAACAGAAUGAAAAUAAUUUGUAAAAAUAACCGUAACCUUUUUUUAAAUGUGACUUUGUUUUUAAAGAGAUAAAUAAGAAUAAGAUGUAUUAUUAUUUCCUCAACCAAACCAUGCUCAAGUGAAGCAGCUUUUGGACAAACAAAUUGAGUUCUGAUACUUUAUUUACUUUUUGAAAAUCUCUCUCUUCACAAUGUCUUGGUCUUUUGAAGUUUUCAGACUGAAAAGUGGAGACAUAUUUUUAGUAGCGUAUAGAAUGUGUAGUAUCGUCCAUCCAGGAUGAUACUGCACUCGCAUUUACAUUUUCUGCUGGAGUGGAUACUCGUUGUCCUGGGCCUCAUUUCCCAAAAACCUUUUAAAGAAGGAGUCUGUAUUAGUAUGAAAGAAUCUCAUGUGCAGACUCAAGCCCACAAUGUGUUAGUGUAUGUCGAAGUACUUUCUGAUUGAUGUAAAAAAAAAAAACUAAACAAAACUCACAAAUAUAUAUAGUUUACUUUUUAAAAAGGUUCAGUAAUUGCUUGCAGCUGGUCACUGUAGUUUUUGUUAGAAUUCAUUAAAAAAACUCUUGGGGAAUUAAAUUGUUUCACUCGUUAUUUUUAUUAGACACACAGAGGUUGCAGAGUGAAUUACAUUUUAUUUGUGUAUCACAAAUCACACAUUGGCGACAAAGAGCAUUGCAGUCCAGACAUAACCAGGUUACAUGGAAACCUCGAGGAAAGAAAGAACAAAGACUCUGAGGAAGAACCAAAGUAGUAAUGUGCAUGAAUAUAUACAGAUGGAGAGGAAAAGGAGGAGUGAGAGGAGCUCAGUGUGUGCUAUGAUGUCCCCCAGCAGUCUAGGCCUAUAGCAGCUUAUCUAGGGGCUGGAAUAAGGCAAACCUGAGCCGGCCCUAACUACAAGCGUUAUCAGAGAGAAAAGUGUUGAGUGUGUCAGCACAGUGUGUGUGUUCACGGUGCAACAAUGUGCUCAUUGUGUGUAACAAUUGCCAUUAAACUAUGGUGUGGUAUGCAUCUGAACCACCAGGCCUCCACAGCACACUCUUUUAGCCGUUAUAUUAAAAUGGUUACUGCCAGAUUUUUAAACACACAGGCUGAGCCAGUGCUGUUUAGGCACGCGUCUCUUAAGCUCGGCUGCCCUUCAAACUUAACCACAAAUCAGUUUGUGGCUCAAAAUUUGCCGUCUCCUAAAGAAGGCGGCGCAGUUUAAAGAUUACAAAUUGAACAAGCGUCGCUGGCUAGUAGGUGAGAGGUGCACUGACUGGUGGAAUGUAGUGGAACCAUUGGUUCCACUUCCAUUAUGUGUUGGGAAAUUUUAAAAUGGGGUUUCUCAAGUGAUCUGUGUGUUACACAUUGUGUUGUUUUCAUUGGUUAUAUAGUUGGAAUAAAUAAUUACACGUGUCAGAAUUCAGCCAAUAUUCAGUCACUUACUAUGUCUGGAAAUGGUAUCAAUGUACUCCAAGUAAAUGUUUGAGAGCAUUGUUACUCUGUGUAUAUUCUCAGACAUUUCACACGCAACAUUUCAUUUAAAGAAUUAAAUAUGCUUGUUACCACUGAAAAGUCUUGUUAAAAAAACUAUUUUUUUAAAGAAUGAAGUUGUCAUGACUUUGAAUAUCAGAAUGUAAUCUGAUUUGUAUUGCUGCUAUUUAAAGAAAUAUAUACGUCUGUCUUAUUUCAGCAAGAUAGAAAUAAGAAAGAAAUAGACGUAUAGCUAAAAACAAAGCUAACAAAGAUAGUUGGAAACAAACAGAACUAUUAUACACAAGUAGGUGAAAGCAGCGGUGUAUAUAUUUGUAUAUAAACCAACAACACUUUGUGUUUAUACAGGUCAGGUGUUUCUGUAAAUUGUAAACAAUACAAAAACAAGGGAAUAUAUUUUGGCAUGCAUUGGGUGGUUAUGCACAUUAUAUGUAUAAUUAUGUCUCUAUAAACAUGCUAGUUUUAUAUUUGACAAUGUUGGAUGCUAUGUACAUCUUAAAGCACAGUGUAUGUUAAACUAUAUUUAGAAACUGUAGGUCUGUGGAUGCAUUAGUGGAAAAGUAGUUUUACCCUCUGAACCCUCUGGGAUUGAAAAGCAUGUUUUCUUUAAACAAUCGAGUUUCAAAAAAACUACACCGUUUGUCAUACUCAACCAUCAUCGUCCCUGAACACAUGUGACACUUCCGUCAGAAAAACAAAAAGCCCAAAACGAAGCUUAAAUUAAUCUAAAACAUGACUCAUUUAAAAUCUCGCCACAAUUAAACCUUUUGCUCUAACCGGAUCCUGUAAAAAAACAUGAAAUUCUCCGCUACUCGUCACAACUGGGAAGCCAUGACUGACUUGUCAGAGACCAACAGUCACAUGACAAAAAGUCUGUGAAACUUCGACUGCACGGCAGGCUGCAUGUGGAGUCUCCAUGUUUUUUGUUUUUUUCAACAAUGGGUAACUCUUGUGGUCACUUGGAAACAUCCACGUUCCAGUGUUUUUCCAAUUUUUGUAAAAUAUAUUAUCACAGAAAUUGAACUUGCGUUCUUUUUUUUUUUUAUGAUUU